AUGAGCGGGAGCGGGGGAGGCAGCAGCGGCAUCAUCAGCAUGGACCAGCACCAGCAGCUCCCCCGCAGAGUUGAGGUGGUGAUGGCGGAGGAGCUGGGGGCCGGGGACUACUUCUCCACGCCGCCAUCGGCGUCGUCCACCACCAACGCCGGCAAGCUGCUGGCCCUGCCCAGCCCCAGGUCACCCCUCCAGCCACAGCCGCUCUUCACCGCUGGGUUCACCGUCCCGGCCUUGCACCCCUUCGCCGGCCUCACCUUGCGCCAUAUGGAUUCGCCGUCGUCGCCCUGCGGUGCUAGUCUGCUGCAGCAGGGGGGGAGGAGGAUGGCCAUGCCCAACCUGGAGGCCGGAGGGAUGAGCACCGUGGGCACGGACCUGGCCCUCGCCACUCCCUCCUACUGCUGA